ACGAAAGCGAAAGCGGGCGGCGGGAGCGAUCAUGGCGGCGCCGCUGCUCGUGCGGCUCAGCCCCGAGCCCGACCCCGGCGAGAAGGCGAUCCUCAAGCUCCAUGCGUACUUCCAGUCGGGAAAGCGGUCGGGGGGCGGCGAAUGCAACGUGCGGCCAGGCCCCCAGCCCGGCACCUACUGGGUGGACUUCCAUGAGGAGCGAGAUAAGAAGAGCGUGGAAUCCCGCACGAAUCACACUUUGGAAAUGGGUGCAAAACGCCUGAAGAUAGUCAUCCAGCCAGGAGAGGGGGACCAGAGCAAGAGCCGGGUUCCAGUGCAGGCCUCCACCAGCUACGAUGUCCCUGCCAGCCCUGUCCUGCCCCAGCAGGAGCAGUGGGCAGCCAAUGGCCAUGGGGAUACAGCAAGGGAAGUCCUUACCAAAAAGAUAUUUCUUACAGUAUCUGCUACUUUGAAUGCCAGUAUGUUCUCCAAAGAGCAAAUGAAGAAAAUUACCAUCAUGUGUCCAAACUUAAAGAGAGAAAGAAACCCUGACAUUGAUGGCUUUGAGAAAUUGACAGGAGAUUUUACAGAUAUUGAAAAAGCUUAUCGCUACUUUGAGGGUAUCCUUGCAGGCAAUGACCCAAACCAUGAAUUUUCUCAUUCUGAAAGUCAGAAUGGUUUGAAAGGUGAAAAUGGUCUGAAUACUGAAGAAAUGAAUGAUCUUACAGUUAUGACAGCUCUCUAUGAGUAUUUUAGUCAUACCCGCAAAAAAGAAAUCAAAGAACUUCAUGAACGUUUUGGAGUGCAUAUAAGAACUAAAGACAGUCAAGAUGGAACCACAUCAAUAUACUUAACUUCCGAUAAAAAUCCAGCAUCAUUACAAGCAGCUAGUGAUUUUUUUAUCAGUACUUUUCAGAGAAGUGUAGGAGAUCUGAAACAGGAAAAAAUUCCCAUAACAAACAGUUACCCAUUAGGGGAGACAAUAAUGAAAUUGAAUGAAAGGUUUAGUAAUCUCCUUGCUAAAGCAGAAGGGAAUCAGUUCCUACUCCGUGGUCCGGAGAGUGAGAUUUUAGCUGCCAAAAGAUUUCUAGCAAAGGAAGGUAAGAACAGCCAAGCGGAAAAGAAUAUGAAAGUAUCAUCUGUACUGUACAAAUAUAGGGAUGAAAUUGCAGUUGAUUCUUCUGUGUUUAAAUUGUUGGAAACCGUAUUAAAGAAAGAACUUGAAAACAUUGAAGACAAGUUUAAUACAAGAAUAGAAAUCAAAGACAAUUCAAAUGACCAGAAGACGCUUAUACUAUUUAGGCCUAAGAUCCAAACUUUUGAUAUGUCAUCGCAUGCUACUGAAAGUUUCAUCAAUGCAUUUCAAAGUGCCUCUGCAAUGUUAAGAGAAAAAGUCAUCAGCCUGAAGCUUUCAGAAGAUCAGAAGAAAACUUUAAAUAUGCUACUCAGAGAAAAACAAUUGGAAGAUCUUCACGUAAAACUUAAGAAGAAGGAAGACAAAUUAAUCUUAAGGGGUUUACUAGACCAUCUUUAUGCUGCUGAAAAGCGCAUUAUGAACCUUCUUAACGUUGAAGACUCAGCACAAACCAAAAAUAAGGCACCACUGGCCUCUGAUCUCAGCUCUCAAGAAGCUACAGGAGCACUUAAGAAAACACCAAAUGUCACGCAAAAGAAUAAUCUUACUCCAGAAGGACAGGCUAAGGCAAAGACAGAAGAAAAAGACAGUGAUGAGUGUCCAAUUUGCAUGGACAGAAUUAAGAAUAAAGAAACACUGCAAAAGUGUAAACAUGCAUUUUGCAAAAGUUGCAUUGACCAAGCCAUGACUAUUAAGCAAGUUUGUCCUGUUUGUAAUACCGUCUACGGAGUCAUGAAAGGAGACCAACCAGAGGGAACAAUGUCAGCUAGAUACAUGCCACUCUCUCUUCCUGGUUAUGGCUAUUGUGGUACUAUCGAAAUUAGCUACAACAUGAAAGGUGGUAUUCAAACUAGCAACCAUCCAAACCCAGGGCAACCUUAUCACCCAACUUUCCGGACAGCGUAUUUACCUGACAAUGUGGAAGGGCGACAAAUUCUGGAGCUCCUCAGAAGGGCCUUUGACCAAAAACUGAUUUUCACAGUGGGGCAGUCACGUACUACUGGUGCACAAAAUGUUAUCACAUGGAAUGAUAUUCAUCACAAAACUGCCAUGACUGGAGGGCCUACCAAUUUUGGUUACCCUGAUCCUGGUUAUCUUCAGCGGGUUCGAUCAGAAUUGAAAGCAAAAGGAAUUGAAUAACGAAAUGUAUCAACUGUCAACUCUUAGUGUAAUAACUGAACAUAUAACAGUCAAUUUACUAUUCAAGCACUAAGAGGAGAGAAUUUGCUUUGUUCAACUGCUGUACUUAAAUCACUUGUAUUUCACACUCAGCUAAGAAAAGUAAUCUUUUAUCAUCAAGCAAUAUAUGUUCUUUUCAGAAAUCAUUUACUUUUCUAUAUGUGUAGUCCUUACAGAAUCUAGGUUUUGUGAAUGUAGUAUCAGUACUUGUUGCAUCUGUUGAAUAUCAAAUAUAUAAAAUUGUUCAUAUUGCUUUA